CUGGCUAUAAGAGCACGCUACUGACAUUGUCUCUGUUCAGCUGCUGUUCACCCUACUGCCCUUCUCCUGCUUGGCCCUCGUCUGAAGAGUCAGACAGUAUCCCGCUAACAUGACCUUCUUAGCUCCACCAGGCUAUCAGCCUAUCUACAACCCAAGCAUCCCAUAUGUUGGUCCUAUCACUGGUGGCCUUAGGGCAGGAAUGUCAGUCUAUAUUCAGGGAAAGAUCCACCAUCACAUUAACAGGUUUAAUGUGAAUCUGCAGUGUGGUGAAUUUGAUGGAUGUGACAUUGCUUUUCAUCUGAACCCUCGUUUUGACCUCUGGGACAAAGUGAUCUUUAAUACUUUCCAAAAUGGCUCAUGGGAAGGUGAAGAGAAAGUCAAACACAUGCCUUUCCACAAGGGAGAGCAUUUUGAGCUGAUUAUCGUCGUCAACACAGAGGGCUAUCAGGUAACCGUAAAUGGGAAAGACUUCUACCUGUUCCAGCACAGAAUGCCUCUGGAGAGGGUGUGUGCCCUGGAGAUCGGGGGAGAUGUGUCCAUUGACACCAUCAACAUCAUUGGGGGUAUGCAAGGAGGAAUGGGAGGCAUGGGGGGAGGAUACCCAGGUGGAAUGGGAGGUGGCAUGGGGGUGAGUGCACAAACAAUAUAUCAUGCAUCUGGAGGAUACCCAGGCGGAAUGGGAGGUGGCAUGGGGGGAAUGUAUCCUGGUAGCGGAAUAGGGGGUGGAUAUCCUGGAGCUGGAAUGGGUGGCAUGGGGGGAGGUUUUCCAGGACCUGGAAUGGGGGGAGGAGAAAUGGGCUAUCCAGGAGGAAAUCUGCCGGUAAUGGGACUACAGCCUAUCUUCAACCCUGGCAUCCCCUAUUCAGAUAUGAUCCCUGGAGGAAUGACAUUCCAGAGGACCAUUAUCAUUAGAGGCAUGGUGCCAUAUGGAGCUGACAGGUUUUGCAUUAACUUUGUGGCUGGUGGCUCACGAGACAUUGCCUUCCACCUUAACCCUCGAAUAAGAGAGGGUAUUGUCAUCAGAAACAGCCUUAUCGGUGGUUGCUGGGGUGAUGAAGAGCGAGACAUCGAUUUCAACCCCUUCCUGGAGGGACAGUUCUUUGAGAUCUCCAUUCGCUGUGGUCAAGACAAGUUUAAGGUGUUUGCCAAUGGGCAGCACUUGUUUACUUUCUACCACCGUCUAGAAUUCGCUCAGAUUAGCAUGCUGGAAGUGGAGGGAGAUGUCCAAAUCUCAUACAUCCAUUACUGAACCUGCGUUCUGAGUAGAAAUGACUUGCCCUGUUACUGCUUUAUCUAUAUAAAUGUCUUUACAUUAAUGACAUAAUUGUUACUGUUUGAUCACAAAUAAAACAGUAAAUAAU